AUGGCAGCCAACUACUGGGAGUCAUCCCAAAGGAAGUACUGGACUUUUACGAAGAAAGAGCUUUCGGAGAUGCGAAAGGCUAUGGAGCAAGAGAAUCAGCAGCUUGUUUCACAGUAUCCUUUGCCAGACCGACGCCUUCUCAACAUCUACCUUUCUUACCGAGAACUCGGCAAGCUGGGACGACGCAUGAACGCGAGGCAGCAAGUUCUAGCAACCGCCCAAGUGUACAUGCGCCGAUUCUACUUGAAGCGAGAGAUAAGGACCACGAAUCCAUAUCUUGUGCUGUGUACGGCAUUCUAUCUUGCGUGUAAGAUGGAAGAGGCUCCACAACACAUUCGUGUAGUCGUUGGAGAAGCGCGGCAGUUCUGGUCUGAUUGCGUUACUUCAGACACUUCCAAGCUAGGUGAAUGCGAGUUUCAGCUCAUAUCAGAGAUGAACUCGCAGUUGAUAAUACACCAUCCGUACCGUGACCUUACGGAGCUACAAACGAGCCUAGGACUUACCCAGGAAGAGGUAUCUCUGGCGUGGUCUAUUCUCAAUGAUCAUUAUCUUACAGAUCUGCCGUUACUCCACCCACCCCACGUUAUCGCCAUCACGGCAGCAUUUCUUGCCGUAGUUCUCAAGCCAGGUCAAGGAGGGCAGCUACAAGCACAGAACAUACAAGCGGCAAUGCAGCAUGCGCUCUCCGCGCAGACCGGAUCCACGGGUGGACAGCAAAACCGCAUCCAAAAGCUCAUGACGUGGCUUGCAGAGAGCUCUGUGAGCAUUGAGGCAAUAGUCGACUGCACGCAAGAACUCAUCUCAUUAUAUGAAAUAUGGGAAUCGUUCAACGACAAAGCCUGCAAGGAGGCUGUGACGAGGUUUGUCAAGGCACGCGGUCUUGAUAAAUGA